UGCUAUCUAGUGCGCAAACCACAAUGACAAUACCUCUUGGCCGACCCUAGUCAAUUGUUUCAACAAAUUGGGACUUGUCAGCUUUUCUAACGAGAAUACCACUCGCGAAGUAGACGUCAAGUGUCAUCGUUCUCACGUCGUCGGGGGUCUUUGUUUUGUGUUGUGUUUUUGUUGUAAAUAAAUAAUUAGUCCGUUUCCAGCUGAAAUAGUUAAAAAUAGUAUAUCGAUAUUACAUAAAAAGCACUUGAAAAUCAAUCGAAAAAUCCGGCUCAUAACGAUCGCUAGUCUAUGGUGCGUAACAAGAACGCACAGUCUUCACAAUCGUCGGGCAAUGGUAGCAGCACAAGUAGCUCGAGCAGUGGCAAAUCACCAGCUAAAAAAACGCAUCGAAAGAGCGACAGUAGCUGCGAAGAAUCGAGCGUGACGGAUGAUGCAAGUUCGGGACGUUCGCGCGGUUCCGUUCACAAACAAAACCUCUACGUUGUCUCCUUCCCCAUAAUUUUUUUAUUUAACAUUUUACGAUCGCUGAUCUAUCAGUUAUUUUGCAUUUUUCGCUAUCUGUACAGUGCAACCACGCGUGUUGUCUAUCGACCUGCAAAAAAGCGUGAUUGCAGUCUCGAAAUUGUGGUCGGGAACGUUGAUACUUUGCAACAGCAUCAGCAAUUGUUGCGUAGUACGUACGUGCGACAUCACAGUCAUCACAAAAAUCGGGAAUUAGAGAUGUCCACGAACAAACAGGGAGCUGGAUCGAGCGGACCGGGUCCUGGAGAUCCGCUACUAGCCAAGCAGAAACACCAUCAUCGCCGAGCGUUCGAGUACAUCUCGAAAGCAUUGAAAAUUGAUGAGGAGAACGAAGGACACAAAGAAUUAGCAAUAGAGUUAUAUCGUAAGGGAAUUAAAGAAUUAGAGGAUGGGAUAGCUGUUGAUUGUUGGAGCGGUCGAGGUGAAGUUUGGGAUCGGGCACAACGCUUGCACGAGAAAAUGCAAACGAACCUAUCUAUGGCACGGGAUCGGUUGCAUUUCUUAGAGCUAAAAAUGGAGGCAACUCGAUUAGAAAUGCUUGAAAUAAAUAGUAAUCGUACAUACGAAUCUCCAAGAGCGAAAACUGCCGCAACAAGGAAUCUGAGAAAUGAAAUUCUCAGCAAACAAUCUUCAUCGCCCAGAACGACCAAAGUUCAGGCGGUGAGUCCUCUUGUUAAUGAUAAGAAAACUAAAAUACAGACAAACAAACAAACAAAUGGUAAAAUGACGAUCACCACGUCGAGACCAACACAAAUGUUGUCUACCACCAAAGUUAGCAAUAAUAGUCCAAGUGCCAAUCAGAAAAAUGUAGGAACGUCUAAAAACGUUAGUGCAAUGCGGACGACAAAUACUCAACAAAAAGAAGCAGCUUCUGGUCGCAAACUCACCGUGGGAAGUAAGAGACCGGGUAAUUUAGGUGUUUUCAAUAAAUCACAAACGCUUCCACGUAAUUUAGGAUCAAAAGCAGUUACAAAUGGGAACAGUAAUGGAACCUCACGACAACCAAUGAGAACGGCCGCUACUCCACCAGCCGUUAGGAGACAACUAUCGACGGGUCGAAAUACAUCACCUCGAUCGAAAACUCCGCUUGGUACAUCGUCUAGUGGUACACCGAUUCCGUCGAUUAAUGUGAAAGGUGUUGAGCCGAAGUUGGUUCAAAUCAUUCUAGAUGAAAUUGUAGAGGGAGGAGCAAAAGUUGAAUGGUCGGAUAUUGCAGGCCAGGAAACAGCUAAACAGGCGUUACAAGAGAUGGUUAUAUUGCCAUCGGUGCGUCCAGAAUUAUUUACAGGUUUACGUGCCCCUGCCAAAGGCUUGCUGCUGUUUGGUCCACCAGGCAACGGAAAAACACUGCUUGCUCGCGCUGUAGCCACCGAAUGCAGUGCAACGUUUUUCAACAUUUCAGCAGCAUCGUUAACCAGCAAGUAUGUAGGCGAUGGGGAAAAGCUAGUUCGGGCAUUAUUCGCUGUUGCUCGAGAAAUGCAACCCUCAAUAAUAUUUAUAGACGAAGUCGACUCGCUGCUUUCGGAGCGUAGCACGGGGGAGCAUGAGGCUUCGCGUCGUUUGAAAACUGAAUUUCUAGUCGAAUUCGACGGUUUACCGGGAAAUCCGGACAGUGAUCGUAUUGUUGUGCUGGCAGCGACAAAUCGACCACAGGAGCUUGAUGAAGCGGCUCUAAGGCGCUUCACGAAGCGAGUAUACGUCUCAUUACCUGACAGGGAUACACGAGAAUUAUUAUUAAAGAAAUUGUUAGAAAAACAGGGAAGCCCACUGGGGGCGGAAGCAUUGAAGCGCUUAGCCAUGGCCACUGAAGGAUAUUCAGGCUCUGAUCUGACGGCGUUAGCCAAAGAUGCUGCUUUAGAGCCGAUUCGGGAAUUGAAUGUUGAACAAGUUAAGCGUUUGGAUGUGAGUGCAGUGCGCAGUAUUACAGAACAGGAUUUCUACAAUUCAUUAAAACGCAUUCGCCGAUCAGUCGCGCCACAAAGUCUAAUAUCUUAUGAGAAAUGGUCACAAGAUUAUGGUGAUAUUACAAUGUAAAUAAGCCGUUUUUAUCGCGCUCGCUUAAUGCCGCAUUUUAUUGUUCAAUGGACCUUGUUUCGUCAUUUUACGGUUACACAUGUUUUUUUUUUUUGAGUUGUUUUGAUUGUAUUCAUUCACACACAACGAACCUCGGGUACCAUUAUUGAUGAGUUAUAGUCAUUACGUUUCAAUGCUUCCUAAAUUGCACUUGAUUUCUAAGUAGUUUUAGUUGAAAAAUUGUGAAAUAUCAAUCUUGAGAAUUAAUUAAGAAACGGACUUGAAGCGAAGCACAAAAUUGCAUUCGUUUUGCUGCUUUAAAUAUGCACAUUCCAUGCGGUAAAUAUGUUCAGUGAACUUAAGAGAAACAUUUGCUACUUUUAUAAAACAAACAACAAUUAGAAGUUAAAAUUUAAUAAUAACUAUUGUAAUAUGUAAUCAUUACGGAUAACUCAAGUUAAUUUCUCCUGUAGUGUAGUCGUGUCGCUGUGCUAUGUGAUCCAUUCAUUGUAAUGUGAGCGAGAUUGUGAGCGCAAGAAUGUAAAGUAAAAUUUCAAAUGAAUGUUAACAGAAAAAUUAGGUUGACGGGGGCUAGUAUGGAGGGUGGGGCGAUAGAAUAAUGAUGUUUUGUUAACACUCUGGAGAGAUAAUUUUUCUUCGAUAUUAUUUUUGUGUGCCUAGUCCUUGUAAUGUAUUUAUUCAUAGUCUUAGCGUAGGUGAUUAAGUUUUAAAUUGAAGUCAAUCGUUUAAGUUGCACGCGAAAAUACAUCAUGGCCCAUCGUACAGUGUCUUCAUUGUCAUUGAAUUACGCGACAAUGCUUGAAAUUGAUUCACAAUAUUACGUACUAACAAAAUCACAUUGUAUUUUGUGCAGGGAAUUGCCACUUAAGCGAUCUAUAAAUAUUGCCAAGUAUGCUCCACUUCCAGUUGUUUUAAGGACAGAAAUGAUAUCGUUACACAAAUUUAUACACUUAAAACAGUCCCUACUUAGGUAUUUUUGCGUUGUUUAGAAAAAGAAUGUGUUUUCGUGUUAUUCAAUAUUAGUUGUACACAAAAUUUCAAGUGUUUCAUAAUAAAAAAAGUGAUGAA